GAGCCGGGUCUGACUGUCGCCCCGGCGCUGCCACCACCUAGUGCAGAGGCGGAGGCGGUUCUUCGGGCCAGGGCACGCUUUCGCAGAGGAUGGUGCUGAGCGUACUAACGCGUCCUUUAUGUGAAGGUUGGCAGGCAUUGUCACAGGCUGUGUUCCUGGGGCCUUGUUGCCUGCGAAACUGGGACUCCGGGGUUGAGAAAAACUUUCUGCAACCCCGCGGUGAAAUAGGACCGAAACACUCCACCCUCGGCCCCUCAGCUGUCAGUCGAUUGCUUAGUGACGAGGUGGUCCGAUUUCCAAAAGUUUUCUGCCCUGAAACGGAGAACUCUCUAAGUGAAACUCCCUGGGAUCACGUUUGCCUAACAGAUAGCUGCGAAUUGGCAGCGUUUGGGUUUAUUUCUUAGUUGUACGUCCUACUGUCUGUUUAUGCACAUAUUUGUGUGUGCAUUUGGUUCGUCGUUAACGUCUAUACACGACUGAAACCCAUGCCCUACUGUUGUACGCAAAUGGAGCUUUGGUUGUGUUUUCCGCUGUCGUGGCACGGCUCCUGCAACGGCCUUAACACUGCAGGUGUAUCAAUGUCGUAUGAAUGAUAGAUGAGUGUACAAUAAAGUAUAUACAGUUUCAACCUACAAGUAGAAGUUUCUGUUUCAUUUCAGGAUUUCAAAGUCAUUGUAGAAGACGGACUACUGUUUUAGAGGUGGCCAUAGGUCUAGGGUACUCUACGACAGGCACUAACUUAAAUACAGGAAUAUGUGUAGCUAACAGGGUUUAUGUCGUGAUACUCCCGGUAGGAUUCGAAAGUGGCAUUGUCUCGAUGUCUGGGAUGUACUGAAAAUCGCCCUGGUUGUUCGUGCAGUUCGGCGAACAUCCAGCAGAUGGCGGUUUCAUCACUGCCAACCCAAACUUUUAAAUCAAUGGAAUCCUUUUAUUCAGAUGUCACUAGUUUUCAUCGAUUAGGCUAACAAGACCUUGAUUUUUGCCUACUGGCUUAUUUUCCUGUAUGAAUAAUAUCCCCACACAAUGAUUCCACAGGUUCUAACUGCAUUUUCAAAUGUACCCUGUUGGAAUGAAGGUUAGCUAGGUCAAUUUUCCUCUUAUCAGAAGCGGAGUGCUGUUAGCUCCUCUUUAGGAGUCCGUGCUGACGGAUGAAAGCACACUUCAGUUUGUUACAUGAGGAGAGAGUUUAAUUAGGUGGCUCCUCCCUAGCUCCGUUUAUAAAAAUAUAAUUAAUAACUGGACUGUGUGUUCCUUGAGCAAAGUCAUUGUCUCUUAGCCAUUAUUGUAUGCCAGUAUAUAGUAGGCAUUAUAUAUAUAUUCAUGUUCAGGAGGCGCUUUAUGGUUUGACUCAAAUCACUUAAUGUCCCUAGGUCAAAGUUUCUUCAUCUGAAACGAAGGCUUUCAAUUAUUUUGUUAAGUAAGUUGAAGUUAAUGAUGUACUGCUGUGAAGGAAAUGGCCCCUAGUGAUGGAGACACGUGGAACCCUUGACUUUUUGUUUUGGAAAUCAUUCGAAAGUCUGGCAGCGGUUUUGUUGGAAUGAUAGAGUGGGAAGUUUUUCUGCAGUCGGAGUUCAUCUUUUGAACAGAUAAUUACUGAGUAGCCUCUCUCUUAUGUGGAGAAGAUAUCAAUCCCUUUUUAUAAGGAGUUGAAUUCUGGUGGAGUAGGCUAGGCAUUAUAUAAGCUCAGUAAUGGGGCCACAUGAAUAAUACAGGAUAUCAAUGUGAUCUGAAGGCUUUGAGGUGUGGAUAGAAUUGGACUGAUCCUGGAUAAAGGGGGAGAACUGGCCUAUCUGGGGCACCAGGCAGAUAUGGUAGAGGGAAAAUACACGUGGCGUUUUCUGGUACCAGUGCCUCCAGCUACAGGAGGGGUGAGAAGUUCCUCUUUGGGGCUAGGUUAGGAUGCCUUGAAUGCUUGGAAAUCCUGUUAGUGAAGGAAAAGCUUUGGGGAAUUGUCGGAGCUAUCCCAGGGGAGGGCGGUGAAGGUCUUUAACUGGGUAGUAGGAGUGAGAAGGCAAACCUGAUGUUAGAGGAGAAAAGACCGUGGAUGGUAAUCUUUGCGGUUCCUGAUUUUCACCUGUUGCUGAGCUGUCUGUGCAAAGUCUCACUUACUCCUUUUCACCCGAGUGCAGAAUAUAUUCUCUCUCUCCCUCUGCCUCCCCCUCUCUUACUCGUAUAGCAUAGCACUCAGCACGGUCCUGUGCUAUGAGAGACUAAUGGCAUUGUUCGAAGCCGAGAUCCUAUUUUGCAAAAUGUGAUAGUCAAAUCAUCCCCUAACAGCCUUAGUUUUCUGGGUAGUUACUGCCUUUGCUAGGCAUGUGCAUGCCUUCUGCAAGCCUGUACGGGACUGAUGUAGCUGCUCAGAGAUGCAUGUCAAAGCAGGCAUGUUGCCUCCUUUUUUCCUCUCUUGGGUUGAUCAAGAUGGUACAUGCCGAAGCCUUUUCUCGUCCCUUGAGUCGGAAUGAAGUUGUUGGCUUAAUUUUCCGUUUGACGAUAUUUGGUGCAGUGACAUACUUCACAAUCAAAUGGAUGGUAGAUGCAAUCGAUCCCACCAGAAAGCAGAAAGUGGAAGCUCAGAAACAGGCAGAAAAGUUAAUGAAACAGAUUGGUGUGAAAAAUGUGAAGCUUUCAGAAUAUGAAAUGAGUAUUGCAGCUCAUCUCGUAGACCCUCUUAACAUGCACGUUACUUGGAGUGAUAUAGCAGGUCUGGAUGAUGUCAUUACGGAUCUGAAAGACACAGUCAUCUUACCCAUCAAAAAGAAGCAUUUGUUUGAAAAUUCCAGGCUUCUGCAGCCUCCAAAGGACUCCUUUCUGCGAAACCGUUCAAGUUCUGACCAUGAAGCUACCGCCAUGAUGAAAGCUCAGUUUAUGAGUCUGUGGGACGGAUUGGAUACUGACCACAGCUGUCAGGUCAUAGUUAUGGGGGCCACCAACCGUCCUCAGGACCUUGACUCGGCCAUAAUGAGAAGAAUGCCUACAAGGUUUCAUAUCAACCAGCCUGCUCUAAAACAAAGAGAAGCAAUCCUGAGACUCAUCUUGAAAAAUGAAAACGUGGACAGGCACGUGGACCUGCUGGAAGUCGCCCAGGAGACGGAUGGUUUCUCAGGCAGUGACCUGAAGGAGAUGUGCAGGGACGCCGCCCUCCUGUGUGUCCGGGAGUAUGUUAACUCUACAUCGGAAGAAAGCCGCGAUGAAGAUGAAAUCCGGCCUGUGCAACAGCAGGACCUGCAUCGAGCGAUUGAGAAGAUGAAGAAAUCCAAGGACGCCGCAUUUCAGAAUGUUUUGACACAUGUUUGUUUAGAUUAAGAGUAAAGAUCAUUUGUACAGUUCAGUGUGAUCUAGUUUGGUGCACUCUUAUCAUCAGUGGAAAUAGAAUGAAAACAGGAAUGUCCUUCACGCCGUGAGAGAGUUAAAUGUUCACGACACUGGUUUUAUACUCUGACUCCUAAGUUAUUGAGAUGUAGUUGUUCUGUAAGCGGUGUUACUACUCGUCAGAAAUCAUGAGGAGGAACAGUCUAAUCCAGCCUGAGUGCGGGCUCGCGUCUGACCUCUGUCUCCGGACGCUGCGGCCUCAGAGCAUCUAAGCUGGUCUUAAAGUAACGAUUUGUCGAGUCAUUCGUGGAAACAGGGAUGUGGGUAAGUGCUGGUUUCUCGAUACGUGAGUGAGUGAGUGAGUGAGUGAGUGUGUGCGUGUGUAUUAAAUGUAUAUAUUCACACAUUUUAUAUUGAUAUUCUGUAGAUAUGUUUGAAUACGGAAACUUUUUUUUACCCCAACUACUGAAUCAAAAAGUACCAAAUAGUGUACAGCAGAACUAAGAUUUCUGGUCGUGUGUAAAGGUACAGUGAUUCAGCCAUUUCCAGCUGUCACCUGUGUCCGCUUUCGUUUUAAGUUGAGCAUUUCUCCGCAGUGGAAUAGUCGGAGUCCGCCACGUCUCUGCUUCAGGAGGGGCUCCACUAUUACGCUGGUCGGAAAAUCCAAUAAAAAUACUUGAUCAGUGAUCAGCAUUGAGUGGUUGUCAGGCAUUUGGGUGAUCGACACGGAUUUCAAGUCCUUCUAUAAGCACACUGAGCAGAGGCCUGUUUUCAAUUGAUACACGUGAACGUGGUUGGAGGAGCCUUUCCAAAUGGCUUUGAGAAACUACAGUGCCAUGCAGUACACAUCUGUGACUUUUCCUUCAUUUGAUGGAACGUAGUUCUGUUGUAACCAUGGUUUUGUAAUGUUAUUUUAAAGUUAUGUUUUUUAAUUAUGGUCAAAUAUAAUUUGGUCAUCAGAAAUGAAAUGAUAGUUUAAAACAAGUAGCUGUUGCUAGCUGUGCUAAAAAUACUCAUUUUGUGACUUUAAUUUUUAAAGUUUUCUUAGCAUAUUAUAAAUUGUGCCCUAGUUAGUACAGAUACACACGUCAGAGUCCCCAUAUUGUAUCCAUAGUCAUUCGAUGCUGUGUGCCCUCCAUAGGAUAACAUUUUUUUUUUUGUCCAGAAUUUCACUAACCAGAAUUCUGUUAUAGGCCCUUAAACACACCGCAUGAGGAAAAUGGCACAAUAUGGUCUUGAGGUGCCUUCUGUGAACCAUCUGAAAGAUUAAAUUAUGCUCCAUAUA